UUUAUCAGUUAGACAUUAAGAAUGCUUUUCUCCACAGUGAUUUUGAGGAAGAAGUUUAUAUGGAGCAACCACCUGAUUUUGUUGCUCAUGGGGAGUCUAGUGGUCUUGUAUGCCGAUUGCACAAGUCGCUAUAUGGUUUGAAGCAAUCUCCUCGAGCUUGGUUUGGAUGGUAUUACUAAUCUGAAGCAGCAUCAUUCAAACUAUUGGGCGUUUGGAUAGGCCUGAUUUUAAAACUUACUCAAGGAGAAAUAGAGCAAAAGAAGCCAUCAUGCAAUCUACCGAAGUUCAACCUUCUUUUACCGAUCCUAAAUGGAAGCACGCUAUGAUUGAAGAAAUGAAGGCCUUGUCAAAAAAUGAGACUUGGGAACUUGUCACUUCACCAUCAGACAAGAAGUUGGUUGGCUGCAAAUGGGUCUUCAUUAUGAAACACAAAACUGAUGGCUCAAUUGAAAGAUUCAAAGCAAGAUUGAUGGCUAAGGGAUUCACUCAGACUUAUAAGGUGUAUCACGAGACAUUUGCCCCGGUUGCUAAGAUGAACAAUAUUAGAAUUCUUUUGUCUUGUACAGCUAAUCUUGAUUGGGACUUGCAACAGUUUGAUGUGAAGAAUGCAUUUCUUCAUGGUGUAUAUGGAGAUACCUCCUGGAUUUAAUACUGUGAGAAUGCACGGGAGAAAAAUCUAUCUUUUAACAAUGAUACA